AUGCAUAGUUGUUGGAACAAAUUGAUUGUUCUGUACACUAUUCGGCUCUUGUGUAUUAUUAUUAUAUAUAUGAAGACUUUUUGCUCAUUUACUUAUUCGGUAUUAGAGCCCUUCAACACAAACUCUCGCAGGGAAAGAAAGAUAGAGAGAAAGAAGCUAUGGACACAUUGCUUCCAACCUCAACAGCAGUACAUGAAGCAGAGAAACCCAACUAUAACAAUAAUCUUGCUUUUCAAGAGAAAGAUGUGGAUGCAGGAGCUCUCUUUGUUCUCAAAUCGAAAGGUUCAUGGAUGCAUUGUGGUUACCACUUAACAACAUCAAUAGUGGCACCACCACUCCUAAGUCUUCCAUUUGCUUUCACGUUUCUUGGAUGGACGGCUGGGAUCUUGUGUUUGGUUAUUGGAGCUGCAACCACUUUCUAUUCAUAUAAUUUGAUAUCUCUUGUUCUUGAGCACCAUGCUCAGCAUGGCAGACGCCAGCUCCGAUUUAGAGACAUGGCUAGCGACAUUUUAGGUCCUCGGUGGGGUCGGUAUUUUGUGGGACCAACACAAUUUGCAGUGUGCUAUGGAGCUGUGGUGGCUUGUACUCUACUUGGUGGACAAUGCAUGAAGGCAAUUUACGUGCUAGCAAACCCAAGUGGUAAUAUGAAGCUUUAUGAGUUUGUAGUGAUAUUUGGCUGCCUAAUGCUGAUUUUGGCUCAAAUCCCAUCUUUUCACUCAUUGAGGCACAUUAAUCUUGUCUCCUUAAUUCUUUGCUUGGCUUAUAGUGCAUGUGCUACUGCUGGUUCUAUAUACAUUGGAGACUCUUCAAAAGGGCCAGAAAAAGAUUAUUCCAUAAAAGGUGAUACAGAAAAUCGAGUAUUUGGAAUCUUCAAUGCUGUUGCCAUCAUUGCCACAACUUAUGGAAAUGGAAUAAUCCCUGAAAUCCAGGCAACAAUAGCAGCACCAGUGAAAGGAAAGAUGUUCAAGGGACUAUGUGUUUGUUAUAUUGUGCUUAUAUUCACUUUCUUUACCGUAGCUAUAUCUGGCUAUUGGGCAUUUGGAAAUGAAGCUUCAAGCCUCAUCUUAACCAACUUUGUGGACAAUGGGAACCCUUUGCUUCCAAGAUGGUUCAUCUAUGUCACCAAUAUUUUCACAAUAGUGCAAUUAUCAGCUGUUGGUGUGGUGUACCUGCAACCCACAAAUGAAGUUCUGGAGCAAGCAUUUGGAGAUCCAAGAAGCCCUGAAUUCUCCCCAAGAAAUGUAGUCCCAAGAUUGGUUUCAAGAUCACUAGCCACAGCAAGUGCAACAACAAUAGCAGCAAUGCUUCCUUUCUUUGGUGACAUAAACUCACUGAUUGGAGCAUUUGGUUUUAUACCACUUGAUUUCAUUUUGCCAGUGGUAUUCUUCAACAUGACAUUUAAACCAUCCAAGAGAAGCCCAAUUUUCUGGCUCAAUGUUACCAUUGCUGUUGUUUUCUCAACUGUUGGAGCCAUUGCAGCUGUUGCAGCAGUUAGACAGAUUGUUCUUGAUGCCAAAAAUUAUAGAUUGUUUGCGAAUGUAUGAUGACGCGAUCAUGUAAAAUAUCAUCGAAUAGUUAAACUAAUUAGAAUUUUCUCUAUAAAAUGUUGUCAUUUGCCACUAAUUUAACUAGAAUACUACGCAAGAUGAAAACAAUGGAUGAAGAGAAAGCAUAACUGGUUGUCUACCUAUACUUUUUUUAUAAAAAAUCACUUAUUUGAGCACUA